AAUAUUGAGUCGUGUUCGCUUAGGUAGAUUAAAAUUGGCGAGAAACUCUAAGAGCUCAUGUUUCAUAUAUUUCUACAAAUUAAUUUGGACUUUAUAAAUAAAAUAAAAUAAAAAUAAAAAUUGAUACCCCCAACCGUUAGAUGGCGUUGUGCAGCAGAAGAUAAGUGCCGAAGAAGAAAAUCAACACCACGAAUAACAUGUUACCGCGUUAUUUGUUUUUUUCAUUCACUACAAUAUGGAUUUUGUUUAAGCACUGAUCGGCGUACUGCACACGACAACGGAGAGCUGUGGGUGGCGUCGCCAUGGCCGGGACUACUGUUGCUCUCGAGUGGGAUGAGAUUAGGAGGAUCAAGCCGCGGAGCCUCCACGAAUGUGACAGACAUGAAUUGGACCACCUUGUCGCGCGGCUCACCUCGACAGAAGAGUGGCGGGUGGAGCGUCAGACUCAGGAAGAUGUAGUCCACAUGCUGCGAGUGUUGCAGGCCCUGCUCAAGAUGAAACAUCAGGAAGCGUCUCUCGCCGAGCAGUUAAUAGAAGAGCAAGAGAAAAAUGAAAAGAAACUUCAAGCCAAGAUAUUGAGACUGGAGGAAGACCUCAAGUACGCAAAGAGCAGAUAUGGUGGUGGCGGGACAGACAAUCGCUUCCUGAGGAAUGAAAUCCGUCAGCUGGAGACGCAACUGGAACAGAAGGAAAAGGAGGUGACCCAUUUGAGGAGGGAGAUGGGAGGAAGCAAGAAGACCAUCGAUGAGUUGGUCCUGCGAGCAGAAGCAGCCGAGGACGAGGUCAAGUCGUUGAAAAGAGAGAACACGCAGCUGCAGCGGGAUGUCGACUUUUACCAAGGAGAGUUGGAACGUAAGGAGUCCGAUGUGUCCAAAGAGGAGAAUCCCGAAACUCAAAAGAAGCUCAGCUCAGCCAACCGCCAGCUUUCCCAGUGCCUGGACGACUUGCAGCAAGCAGAAGAGGAGAUAUCACAGCUGAAGGCAGACAACCUCCACAUGCAGAAAUGUGUGAUGGAGUCAGCCAAGGAGAUGGAAAAGAUGAGCGACGAGUACAACCAGAUCAAAAUGGCCGUCCAUCAGUGCGACUCCUUGACAGACCAGCUUAGGAAAGACAGGGAUCGCGCCGAGCUUCAGGUCAGAGAGUUGACGCAGAAGAUUAACUCCAUGACAGAAGAGGAUGACCCCAUUAUUGCAGCAGUGGACGCUAAAGUGGACCAAUGGAAGAAAGUGCUCUCUGCAAAGGAUGAGGACAUUUUAGUGUACCAGCAGAUGAUCCGUGACCUGCAGCACAAGUUGCGAGUCGCCCAGUUGGACUUGGACAGAAGCAACAUUUUAGCCUUGCAGCAGGCUGUGGAGGAGCGAGAUGAUCAGAUUAAAACCCUGAGAGAGCAAGUGGAGCAGUUUACAGAUGAAAUGGAGAAGCAGACAUUGCUCAUGGAGGGUCUGAAGGUGCCCAAAAAGGAAAGUAGUGCAUUGGUCCAGCAGAGAAAAAUGGAGGACCUCACAUCCAAGCGGGAUGCUGCUGAAAUGAGAGCAGUAGAGGCAGAGGAGGCUUUGAAACGAGCUGAAGCUCAUGCCGAAGAAAAAGACCAAGAGCUCAUUGAGGCCUCAAAGCGCCUGAGAGAAUAUGAAAGAGGCACUUAUGGCCUGGAAGAAGCCACCGCUGAGGUCAAAGAGUGUAAAAGUCAAAUCCAAAGGAGAGAUUUGGAGUUGGAAUCUCUGACCAAAGAGAUCAACCAAGCGUACAUGACGAUUAACCAGCUCUCAGAGGAAAAUGAGGACUUCCGGGAAAGACUCGGCUACAAACCCAAACAGGAAGUGGACCUGAGCGAAUUCAAACGAGCAAGAGACCUUAAACAGCGGCAAUAUAAAGCUGAAAAUCAAAUACUCGCUAAAGAGAUUGAACGUCUCGAAGAGGAACGACUACAGAUGAAGAAACAAGUCAGACUCCUGGCCAAACAGAGAGGGCUGCCACCAUCCAUCUUGGUGGAGGAAGCUGUCUCACACAGGACAAGUCACACAGACGAAGAGCUCCGAGCCAAGAAUGAGCAUCUGGAAGAAGAGCUGCAAAUCCAGAAGAGACAGAUGGAGCUCAACAAGACACAGUUUCAUCUCAAGUUGGAGCAGCUCUCCAAGGAGAAAGGAGAUGUGGAGGCUGCACUCAAGGAUGUCCUCCAGGCUUUGAAGGCCAAGGAGACCAGUCCGUCUGACGCUGACUCGGGUAUUUCUGGUCUCGUGGAUGUAGAGAACGUCAUGGGCAAGCACCUGACGUCGGACCUCAAGUCUCAAAUCCACGAAUUAGUGGGCAGAAACGAGGAGCUCCGGCGGGAACUGAAGUCCACCCGUGAGGAAGCGACGGGCAGCGUUGCUCAACUCGCCGCCGCAAAAGAGAAAAUGAGUCACCUGGAGGGCAAGCUGGAGCACCUGAGCAAGUCGGGCGGCGGCAUCGCCGGCGGCCUCUUCCAACCACUGAGCCUCCCCGAGGGCCUGGAAAUCAGCAGCAUGGAAAUCAUCAACUCCUUGAACGAGUACGCCGUCCGGCUGCUUCAGGAAGUCCAGAAUCAGGAGAACACACGGGACAUGUUGACAGCGACACUGGAGGAAUACAAAGAGAAGUUUGCCAUUAUUAGCCACCAGCAAGGGCUUCUGUAUGAGGAAUACCUCAGUGAGAAGUCGCAAUGGGAGAAGGAGAAAGAAGCUUUGACGAGCACCAGAAGCAGACUUGAGGAGAAACAGGAGUUGGACUCUGUUAAACUCCAGCAGUUCAGCGACCUGCUGGAAGCCCUUGAGAAGGACCCAGAGGAAGUCAGGCGGCAUCUGAGUGAAUCGCUGCGCAAGUUGACCGUGUCCAAAGUCAACGAGAAGAAGCUGACUCGACGCUGCACCACCCUGAUGGAGCAAGAGCAGCACCUGCGCAAGGAAAACGCUCGGCUGAGGGACGCCGACGCUCAAAUGCAGACUGCUGUCACCGAGAGAAUAGGCUGCCUGCUCAGAUACAAGGAAACUGCAGCGUACAGGAUGGCAGUGCUGCAGAAGGCCUUGGAUGACAGCGUGCCGGCGUCGGAGCUGGAGAAGGCCAACAGGCAGUACACAGAGCUCACAGUCAAAUACAGAGAUGUGCUACAGAGGGACGGACUGCUCGUCAAGAGAACCACAAACUUGGAGAAUCUGGAGAGUGAGAAUGCAUCUUUAAGAGGACACAUGGCCACCAUCAACAAGGAGCUGGAGAUCACCAAAGAAAAGCUACACGCGUUGGAGCAUGCGUGGGAGAACUCGAAGUUGGAAACGGGCGAGGGCGAUGCAGAGAAGAGCCAAGGCGAAGGGGCAUCGGCCGCCCGGCGGCUGGCCACGCUGGAGAUGAAGGAGCUGAACGAGCGUCAAAGGGCGGAGCAUGCCGCCGCCAUGUACGAACGGCUGAGGAGCUCACUUAGCAAGGUGGAAGAGCGGAACAGUGAGCUGGAAGCCAAGUUUGCUGAGUUGACCAAAAUGAAUGUAGAGGCACAACACCUGGAGCGAGAGCUGAGGGAUGAGCUGGCUAACUGUGUCACCAAAGCAGCUAGCGAUGCCGACCGGGCGAGGAUCGGACAGCUGGAGGCCAUUGAGGCACAACUGCGCACGGAGCUUUCAAAGCUUCGGGAGGUUUCCGACAUUGCAAUGAAACAAGCGUCAGCUUUCCAGGCCAGACAACAUUCGAACGACAAGGAGGUGGAAUCUUUGAGGAGACAAAUCUUAGACUACCAGUCUCAAUCGGACGAGAAGGCCCUGGUGGCGAAGCUACACCAGCACAUUGUGGCUCUGCAACUCAGCGAGUCAGACGCCUUGGCUAAGCUGGCCGCUUCCACCGCCCACGUCCGCCAUUUAGAGGCGCUCUUGCGGCGCUCCGAGCAGCGUCAGGACGCCGGUGAGCGGGCGCUGUUCCUGACCCGUCAGGAGGCCAGCAGCCGUUGCUGGCGCCUGCGGCAGAUGGUGCAAUCGUUGCGCCGCCAGUUUGCUGGCGCGCUUCCGCUGCAACAGCAGGAGAAGUUUUCGUCCACCCUGGUGGGCCUCCAGGAGGAGAGGGCAAAGGCGUUCCAGGAGAGGAGGGAGGCAGAGGAAGCACGGAGGACAGCGGAGGGUCGCGCGGAAGAGCUGGAGUUGAGGCUACGAGGCCUGGAGGAGCUCUGCAUCACGUUGAAGGAUGCCAAAGGGGCCCUGAAGGUACGCGAGUGGCACAAGAAGAUGGAAGAAGCCCAACUGCAGGAGCUGAGGAAAAGCAGGGAGGUGACAAUGCAAAAGGAGGAGAUCCGGUACCUGAAGAACCUGCUGGAGGAGCGGGAGAGAAACAUCCACUCACUCGGCGAGGAGUUGGUGCAGCAAAAUAUGAUUCAAGAAGAGCGCCAGCUCGCGUGGGACCAGCGAGAGUUGGAGUUGGAGCGUCAACUGGACCAGCACGAGAAACAUCAGGAGUUACAGGGAGGCACUGAAAAGGCAAUGGAUACUCCCAGCUACCUCCCGGACACAAAUCUACCUCUCAACCGACAACAUGAGUUUGCCAUGAGAAAAAUCAGUGAGCAAGUUGAUGUUAUCUUGAACACGCAGGCCGCUGGAAAACGUUUGGAGGAGAAACUGAAGGAGAAGGAAGAAGCCUUGAGAAAGUCCGAAAAGAAUGUGGCGGCCAGGGACAAAGUCAUCAACGAGCUGCGUCUCCGCCUCCCGUCCGUUGUCGCCGGCGGUGGGCGUCCACCGACGGACACUUCCGAGCGUGAAGGAGAAGCGCUCAAGCUGGUGCGCAAGACCGUGAAAGAUCUCCAAGGGCGAUUGGACAAGAAAGAUGCUGUGCUCAAAAAGUACCAGAACCAACUGUCACAAGCCGUAAAGGAUCAAGAGGAGCUUAUCAAGAGGCAUGACGAGGAGCUUAGGACACUUUAUCAGAAGUUGGAUUCUAACAACGACACCAACCUGGACCGCCUCAAACAGCAAGCAGUGGAGAUGAUGAAAAAGCCCAGCAUCGUCAUUCCUACCUCCAAACAUUUGGACCGCAUGGCAGAGUUGGAGCAGACUGUGGUCGAACAGGACGUGUCGCUCAUGUCCGUUACCAAUAAGUUGAAGAUGGCCACCGUGGAAUUGGAGCAAGUGAAGAUGGCCAUGGAUACGCAGGCCAAGAAACAUGCAGACGAGAUGUCCAGGCUCAAGGAGUUUCAUAGCGUAGAGGUGGAAGAUCUGGCCGUGGAGACCAAAGACCAGAGGAGAGAAAUAACAGAGCUGAAGAAGGAGAUUGACUCCCUCCGGAACGAGCUAGAGAGCCAAAAGGAGGCCAACGUUCUGUCUCCAAGCAACACCAUGAAGAACUUGGUGGAACGCCUAAGGCUGCAGCUGGUCCACAAAGAGAAACAGAUCAAGGCUCUCAGCAAGGUUCUCUUAGAACUGCGGACCCAAAUGACAUCUGCUGCCGAACAACAAGUCUUAGCCAACGCCGCACAGACUGAGGAGAGGCUCAAUGUACAGAAGUUAGUCGACAAGCAUACCAAAGACCUGAAGGCUCGGGUGCAAGAGCUCAGCAAGGAGCUACAAACGGCAAAGGAGUCAGCCAAGAGAAACGAAAGCACCCUCAGAAAGGAGGUAGACAAUCUGAACCAAGAGCUCCAGAAGAGCCAGAAUCAUCAGAAGAGCUUUCGGGUCAAGAAGGAGGAAGGAGAACAGGAAAUCCAGGAGCUCCAGAAGCAAGUCAAGAGGCUCAGCAGCUGCAUUCAGAAUGAAAACAUGUUCGAAGGGAAGGGGCCAACCAUUGAGAAUCUACAGAAGAAGAUCAGGAAGUUGGAGUCAGACCUGGAGAAGAGUGCUGAAACCAAAAGAUUCAAUCAGGGAAAGUGCAAAGAGGAAAUACUGCAGUGGGAAGAGGGCAAGAAGUGGCAGUCUAAGCUUGAGAAGAUAAAGAAUGCGCUGAAGGAUAAGGAACAAGAAAAUGACUCGCUGUCCAAACAGCUCAACACGCUAAAAGAUCUCUAUGGCAGACUAGAGCGAGAGAGGAACAUACUGCUGAAGAAAACAAAAGCUCGAGGAGUGACAGCGGACCAGGUUGCGGGAGUCAGACGAGAUGAGUUAGACAAGGACCUCGAGGAGCUGAGGAAAAAGAACGCAGAGCUGGAGAGUCAGCUGAAUGCCAUUAAGCAGCAACAGGCUCUAAGUCGUGACGCCGCUUUAGAAGAUCUGACACGGAGGAACCACCACCUGGAGGAAAGACUACAAGCAAUAGAGACCCAGACAUCUCCCUCAAGAAUGCCCACAUCAGAGAAGGAUGCAGAGACACCAAGAGACAUGAACCUCCAGAAGGAAAACCUCAAACUGGCUUCAGAGAAUCUGGAGCUCCGUCUCCAACUGGCACGGGCCAACAUCGACCUGCCAAGGCUGAAGAGUAAAGUUGCAGACCAGGAGGAGAUGUUCAGUGUCCUGAAGAAAGAACGCGCUGAUUUGCAGAAGAGGCUGGCCAAUACCAAAGUUAGCUCAAGCGGAAAAAAUGUGCCCGAACUCGAGAAAACCAUCCACUUGAUGAGGAAGGUGGUGGAGAGGUUACAAAAGGAGAAUGAGGCACUCAAGAAAACAUCAGCAAUUCAAAGUCAGGACAAGGCCUUGGAGCAAGAACACAAAAAGCUACAGGCCGAAUACGACAAAGUGAAGAGCCAACAGGAAGCAGAGAUUCGCAGAUUGGAAUAUAAAUGCAGAGGACUGGAGAAGAUCGUGACAGAGAACGAACGUCUGCGAAAGCAAGUCAAGAGGGAAGCGAAUGCCGUCGAGAAACUGCGAGUGUCCAAGACCAGCGUGGAGCUGGGCUGUGAGAAGCUGGAGGUUGAGCUGGAGGAAACAAAGCAAAGACUCCGCGACGCACUGUCCAAACCCGCCCUUGAAGUCACUGGCGGCAAGUCCACCAAGGUGUCUGUGGUGACUCGAAUGUUUGAGAACAAGAUGAAGGAACUGGAGAAGGAACUCUCUACGAAAACCUCCAAUCUGGCAGAACUCAAACAGAAGUUGAAGGAGGCGAAUCUACGUGAGGAGACGGCGCAGAUACGCAUCCAGCAACUCGAAGAUCAGGUUGACAAAUUGAACGUUGCCGGCAGGGUGCAUACAGAAGCAGAUGUCUCCAAGAAAAUGAGCGAGUUGAGCGCAGAGUUAAAAAAAAGACUGGAUGAGUCCAGCGAGCAAGACAGUGGGACAUCCAAACACGACACAGAAAGCAGGAAGCUGAAAAGUCUCCUUAAAUCAGUAGAGGCGGAGAAAAGCAAACUGGAAGCCCAAGUCCAACAGCUGAAGGACGAAUUGGGCAAGUUGGAUGCCACAUUCUUUGAUGAGAUUGAAGACUUGAAGUACAACUACAAUGCGGAGGUGAAGAAGAACGUCGUGCUCGAGGCGCAGCUGAGGGAAAUGUGUGAUCGCACCUCAAGAGACACCCUCAGUUGAGGUCAAAUCGGGUGCAGCGUUUAGUAGACAACUUCAUGGCUUACACUGAUAAACCUUUCAGUGCCUUGGUAGCAAUAAGCAUCAGUGUGAUUUGAACAAUUUGUCCAUUGGACAAUGUUAUUUUUAAAAUUGCAGGAACUUUUACGUCUUAAAAUGUUACUUUCAUAAGUGCAGCUUCAAAUGUCGUACAUUAUCCUGUAUUUUUUUCUGCUUUAUAACGGUACAAUUGUUACAAUACAGUGUGGGACGAAUAAAGGAUAUCUUAUCUUAUCUUAUUAUCUUAUUGUCAUGUACAAUCGUAGUGUUUGUGAUAACUACAAUAAAACAUUACACGGGUUA